AAUGGGCCCCAGCAGUCCUCUUAACUAACAGGCUGUAGCUCAACAACCAACACAGCUCAACACCUAGUUUACUAGAAAAAGGUAUGCAGCUAAAGGCUCAGUUACAUGCAAAAGAGCGAAAAGACAGCUAAAGUUACUGACACAUCUACCAUGCGCCUUUAUAGUUGCUUCCUGAUAACAUAACAUUCGAAAAUGAGAUUCUGGUGAAGGGUGAUGAUGAUGUAAGCAGAAUAGAGAGUGCUGAUUGGAGAGUCGGGGAUCCAGGGAAAUCUAUAAAAUAGUUAUUAAAGACAUGCAGGAACAAACCAAGAGCUGGAAAGAAGACAACUAAAUAUUGACCUGUCAUCUCCUUACUAAAUUCUGCUGGUUUAACUGGAUUAUUUCAUCUGAAGCGCCUGUGCGGAUGAUGACUGGAUUUAUUUACCUUCUAUGAAAGUCAGUCCUCACAAGGGGACUCUCCUUGGGGACACGGUGCCCCUGUGGUCAGAAAUAGCUGCAUUAUUUCCAUCUCUUUGACCUUUUCUGAAGGGACAUCGGCGGCGAACGUGUCACAGUCUAGAUGCAGAUUUGGAAAUGGUUGAUCCUGUCUGUUACAUUUGUGGUCACCACAUCUUACUGCAGUCCCUUGAUGCUUCAGCAAAAGGUAAAACAGACUAAGAAUCAAACCGAACACCUGGCUAGUGAGACUUAUUUGGCUGAUAUUACUGGGUACCAGCAAGGUCACUUUGAGAAUAGCUCAAAAGCACAAGGACUUCACAGGAAUAACCCCGAGUUCAAAGCACCGCUCGACCCCCUCUCCAGGAGCUUUGUGAAAGUAAAGAAAGACAAACGAAGGCAAGGCGACAUGUCCCAGAAACAGCCUGGACAAAAAGGUUCAGUUGAGCAGAUGAUGCCAGGAGAGAGCAGUGAUGUCAAGAUUCUCAAAUCAGGAGACAAGACUCAACCUGCUGACAAGGUUGUAAGAAGUCCAAUGGAGCAACCACAUACUAAGCAAAAUGGCCGCACAGACAUUUUGACAUUUGAAAGCAGUCCAAGUGACCGUGUCAGAACAAGAGUUUCAAAAAAGAGGGGCAAUUCGGGAACAUUUGGCCUCCCAUUUGAUCGUAUUGGACAUUUAUCGCAUAGAAGAGGCUAAAACAAUAAAUAUGUAUUUUUUGUG